AUGCUCCGCCCCCGCCCCCAUCAGGCUAUGAUUCCUACGCUCCUCCUGGGCAUCGCAGCGACCAAGGAGGCCGUUAUUCCCGCAAUGAUCGCGAUGACCGCUACCAGCCCUCGCGCCGUUCCGACAACCACCCGCUCCCUCCGAGACCUCAAGACCCGUAUCCCACCUUUCGUGGCUCUGAUUCAUUCCGACCACCCCAGGCCUACGGAAGACUUUGCAGACGCCCAGAAUGGAGUGACUUACAGGGCACUCGAUCAACUAUCAGAUAGUGAUGAGGCCGACAUGGACAUCUCGGAUGACGAAAACGAUGCCGCGCAGCCAACUGCAAAGCGCGCGCGCACAGCGGGCAAUUCGACUUUGGCCGAUGAAGCUCCUAAGUGGUCCAACCCGGACCCUUACACUGCACUGCCUCCUGAGCAAGAUCCAGACAAGAAGAAGAAGGAUGUGGUUCAAUUAAUCCGCAAGGCCCGCGUUGAACCUGCCAAGAACACGAGGACCUCGCUCCUUGCUGAUGACGAAGACUUUAUUCGAUGCGACUCUGGUAGUGAGGACGACGGGGACGAAGAGGAGUUCAUCGAUCCCCUGACUUACAGCCGCCAGCGUUCGAACAACCAGGGAGCACCGCAACCUACUUCCGUGUCGGCUGCACAAGCCACCAGCUCAGCACCAAGCAAAGCCUUAGCGACUUCCACUGCUAACAAGGCAAUAAAGCGGGUCGAUUUUGACAUGGACUUGCCCGGGUCAUCAGAUUUAGGUUCGCGCAAGCGCACACACGAUGAUGUGUUGAAGCUACCAGCUCACGCACAGCUCAAAGCUGCGCCUAAGAGGCCUAGUGGAGGUUCUAUUGUCUCCGAUUGGCGACUGAAGAAAGGCGAGAAUCACUCGCCGUGGGUUACGUCUCCAAGCUCGACAACUCAGGUCAAUGUCAGGUUCCACAUGGAAAUCAGCGACUUCUAUGAUUUGGUGAGACCACGUGAGUUCGAAGACCGUCUUCGUGGAAACCUCGUCAAUGAGCUUAAUCGCAUCCUUGACAAGAACGGCAGUUGGCGGGGCCGUAAGCUGCAUGCUUUUGGGUCCUUCAUGUCUGGCUUGUACUUGCCAACUGGCGACAUGGAUCUUGUCUUGUGUUCUGACGCCGUGCUCUCCGGAGGUAGCACGCUGCCUGUGGGUCUUAAUCAGCUCAAGCAGUUCAGGAAUUACCUCCGUUCGAGCCGCGUUGCAGUCCACAACCAUUUCGAGAUGAUCUCGAAGGCGAGGGUUCCCUUGGUGAAGUAUGUCGACAGCAAUACUGGCUUGAAGGUUGACAUCUCCUUCGAAAACCCCAGUGGUGUUAUUGCCAUUCAAACCUUCAGGGCUUGGAGGGAGCAGUACCCUGUCAUGCCUGUUCUAGUGACUAUCAUCAAGCAGUUCUUGUUGAUGCGUGGCCUUAACGAGCCGGUGAACGGCGGUAUCGGCGGCUUUUCUGUCAUUUGCAUGGUCAACCAAGUCACUACGUUCACUUACAAAAACCCUGACCGCUUGUCCAUCAUCGAUCCCAACAAUCCUGCAAACGACAUUUCAGGCGGUUCCCAGAACUACCCUCAGAUCAAGGCCUGCUUCGCCGAGGCACACAAGCUUUUGCAAGAGAGGAUUGAGCGGAUCGCGAGAGGCGAGAAACACAACAGCAUCCUUGAGAUCAUACUAGGAGGCAACUACGCCAUGUUUCGCGAGCAGCGAAACUACUUGCGCAAAGUGCACCGCAAGGUUUUCGGCUACUGCGACGAGUGA